AUGAGUACGAACAACCGGCGGGAUUCGCUUAUUUCCGAAGAAUCAACAUCGUCCAGCACGAGUAGUAUAUUGUCGAUUGACAGCUAUGAGACGAAACCGCGCUUCAGUAAGUUCCAAAUAGCGGGUCUAAUAUUGGGCUCGCUCAUAGUGACCGCAUUUUGUGUGCUGAUCGUGAAUCAAUUUCAAUGCUCAGCACACCUUGGUUCACCGAAACAACAGUUGAUCAAGCAGUUCACUGCAACUCCUCAGCACGAUUUCUUAGCACCGUUUAUCAAAUUUAAUGAAAAGUUUAAUCGUGACUAUGACUCAGUUGAAGAGAUGGUAAAGCGUUUUGCGCACUUCGUUGGAAGUGAUAUGGCAAUUAUGGAUCUACAGAAAUUCAGUGACGGCACCAUCUAUGGUUUGACUGGACUUGCCGAUAAAGCCUUGGAUGAAAGGGGAGAUGGAAAGGAGGAUUGCAGAGAUGGUCGCAUGCUUCUGGACAACAUGGAUUUGGAUUGGGCGGUGAUUGAUCCGAGAGAGCAUCCAGAUGAAUCAAUGCCGAGUAGUUUCGAUUGGCGAACGAAACGCGCUGUGACUGACGUUAAAGAUCAAGGAGAAUGUCGAAAUAGUUGGGUAUUUUCAUCGAUCGCUGUUGUGGAGUCGAUGAAUGCCAUAGAGAAUGGCGUUUUGCAACCCCUUUCUGAGCAGAACGUUAUCGAUUGUGAACUUCCGUACGACAGGUGUGAGACAAGAACACCCAGAAUGGCGUUGAGGUAG